AUGUCAUAUACAUCAAGAUAUUCAUCAGCUAGACCAUAGACUGUCAAAAGUUAAGUAGAAACUAAACCAACAACUACUCCAACUGUUUAAGUUACCAAGCCGGCAGACUAAUCACCUUAACCAGUUCAAAGAUCAGAUGUGAGAAGAUCAAGUCAACUCAGAGCAAGCGGAUAGCCUACAGUAAUUAAUGUGUAUAUGUGAUUCAUAAUACCUUUAGACCUCCUCCAACUACCGAAAGAAAGUGGUUAGGUAAGAAUCCAGAAGUUGUGUGCUUUUUAUUGGCAUUGGAGAAUGAUAGAAUGAUGAGAGAGAAUAAUGCAUAAUUCAAUAGAAUUAAAGAAUUAGAGGGUGUCAAUGAAUAAUAAGAAAUAAGAAUUAGAGAACUCUAAGCUAAGUUAGAUUCAUAAACUACUGAAAUAUCUAAUUACAAGUUAAACUAUUUAUAUAGAUUAGAUCUGAAAUCGAAAAGCAUAUUAUAAGAAUUAAGUAAUUAGAAUCAGAAUUGAAUGAAUACAAAUCAAAAUUGGGAAAUGUAGAUCAAAGUCUGGCUGGUCGAUUGAAANUACAAUUACUCAAGAAAUCAGAUGAAUAUUGUUAUUAUUGA